ACUCGCUUUAAUAGUGACUGUAAUCCCCCACCGCCACAGUUGGUAUCCCUUUUUAUUGAUGUUGACCCAAAACAUCAAUAAAAACACAAUUUCUCGCUUAAAACCUCCUUCACACCAGUGUUUUUUCUGGUAAUGCCUCCAAAACCCCCAAUUGUGCCCCCCACACCGGUGCAAACCCCCCCAGUGUUGUGAUUUGCUCCCUCCAACCAACCUAACCUCACUCCACAAUGGGCAUAGAUUUCGAUAUUUUGGAGCAUUGUAAGAAAGUGCGAGCCGACCAUGGCCCCCCUUACACUUGCCCCAUUGAAAAGUGCGGCCGGACGUACAAAUCAGUGUGCGGGUUACAGUACCAUUUGAAAAGUUACGACCAUGAUAACCCGACACCUUUACCACCGUGUACCCCCAGCACGCCCAAGAGCAAGAAAGGACGGGCUCGGGCCACUCCGGCUGCGGUCCCUUCGGCUCCAAGUGUGCCCGAACCUUUGACGUUUGAAGAGGCCCAGAAGAUGGUACAGUUUGAUAUCAAUGGGCAGGUUUUGCGGUGGAAUAUUAACGAAGCGUUGGAUAUGGUGUCCAAGGAGGACUUGUCGGACGAUGACGUGCCCGAUAUUGGGCGAUUCGAGCAAGCUCAAGAGCCUUCGGCACAGUUACCUGAAGCCAGUUACAAAGAACUCGAUAAUUACAAUAUUUGUGACGCACCUCCGCGCCCCAAUGCCUACAUCAGGUUUAUCGAAAAGAGUGUGGAAGAGCUGGAUGGCGAGGUUGAGUAUGAUGUGGACGAAGAGGACACCACUUGGUUGUCUUUAAUGAACGAAAAACGCGAAGCUGCGGGCCUUAACCCCGUCUCGGUGGACUCCCUUGAACUCCUGAUGGACCGCUUGGAGAAAGAGUCCUAUUUUCAGGUCUAUCACGUAAAUGGUCAGGCUUCGGUAAACGGUCACACGGGGGCUGUGGUGGACGACGAUGCCGUCUGUUGCAUUUGCAUGGACGGGGAAUGCCAAAACACUAAUGUUAUUUUAUUUUGCGACAUGUGUAACCUUGCCGUCCAUCAGGACUGCUACGGAGUGCCCUAUAUCCCAGAAGGCCAGUGGCUGUGCCGGAGGUGUCUUCAGUCGCCCAGUCGGGCCGUUGAUUGCGUCCUGUGCCCCAAUCAAGGGGGCGCUUUCAAGCAAACGGACAGGGGGCACUGGGCACAUGUCGUUUGUGCCCUGUGGAUCCCCGAGGUCCGGUUUGCUAAUACCGUUUUUCUCGAACCUAUCGAUUCCAUAGAAACCAUUCCAGCAGCAAGGUGGAAGCUGACGUGUUACGUGUGCAAACAGAGGGGCGUAGGGGCGUGUAUACAGUGUCACAAGACCAAUUGCUAUUCGGCGUUUCAUGUCACGUGUGCACAACAGGCGGGGCUUUACAUGAAAAUGGACACCGUUAAAGAUACGGGGGAUUCACAGCCGGUUCUUGUGCAGAAAAUCGCCUACUGUGAUGUGCAUGCGCCCGCGGAGAGCAGUGAGGCGAAAAAAGAAGACGCCCGCCAGAAAAUGAAGAAAGCUCGCAAAAUGCUUGCGAAAAAACGAACAUCGGCUCCGGUCAUCCUCAUCCCCACCAUUCCCCCGGACCGCAUCCAAGAAAUCGGUGCCUUGGUAACAAUUACGAAAAAAUCGCAAUUUAUCCAACGUUUGAUCGCUUAUUGGACGUUAAAACGCCAAUUUCGAAACGGUGUGCCCCUUUUGAGGCGCCUCCAGAGUGCCCAAGGGGGCCCUCGAGACUCCAAUACCAGCAACGUUGACACUAUUGAGUUGUGUCGGCAGCUGAAGUAUUGGCAGUGUUUGAGACAGGACUUAGAACGUGCCCGAUUACUGUGCGAAUUGGUCCGAAAACGCGAAAAAAUCAAACUCGAAUCGAUCAAAAUCUCCGAAAAGUGUCUCAAAAUCCAGUUGAAACCACUGGAGGCGAGUUUGCGCCUCGUCCUUGACCUGGUGGCCGCCAAGGACACCAAUGAGAUAUUUAGCGAACCGGUGGACCUUGAGGAGGUUCCAGACUACACCACUGUGGUAUCCGAACCCAUGGACUUGAGUACCAUGAGGAAAAAGCUAGACGAUGGUCUGUACCCUGAUUUAACUUCGAUGGAGAAAGACUUCGAUUUAAUGAUCGCCAAUUGUCUCGCUUACAACAAUCGCGAUACAGUUUUCUACCGGGCGGCCAUCAAAAUGCGCGAUCAGUGUGGCGCCAUCUUCCGGCAAGCGCGCAAAGAGCUGGAAACUUGCGGUUUGUUGAACGAAGCGAGUGGCGAAACUCCGGCGUCGGGGAAUGAGGAGGCGCUUGCCUCGGAUAUCGACAAGGAAUUGGAGGGUUUGCAAGGGAAGGUGGGGCCAGACGUGAUCACGAAACUUGAGGAGUUAUUGGUCAAAAGCCAGGCCCUCAAGCACGGAUUGGCCCGAGCGAAGCGAGUCAAAGUAGUGCGCAGCGAAUUAAACAAGGCUAGGAAGAAUCUAGCCAAUACGGACAGCUCCCAGUCGGAUGGCGAGAACGAAGGGGGCGGGGACUCCAAAAACAGCUCCCAGAGCUCAGGCGUGUCACCUAGUGGUGUCAACCGGCGAACUGCCGUUCUUUUCACGCGCAAAGCGCAGGCGGCUUUGAAAAAACCGGCUGAAGAGAAGGAGGACAAGGGGACUCCGCCCCCCGAAGCCCCCAAGCCUAAGAAGAAAGGCCGUCCCAGACGCACCGCCGAGGCCACUGUGGGCCCCACCGUCGACUCCAAAAAGCUCGAUUCGGUCCCUGACAGCUUCAAAGUGUACCGCGCAGGUCACCAGACCUCAGCCGACGAAAACAGUGACAGUGGCACGAGUCUGUCAACUUGUUACUCGCACGAACUGUCCGAAGUCGAGUCCGAAGACGACAGUAAUUCGGACACGGUGCCCGAAAAUUCGGACCUCGUGCCCGAAAAAAUCGAAUUGAAGCCUUUGCAACUAGUUUGGGCGAAAUGUAGGGGAUAUCCGUGGUAUCCCGCGCUGAUAAUUGACCCCGAAAUGCCCAAAGGGCACGUACAUAAGGGGGUACCGAUACCGUCGCCCCCGGCCGAAGUCUUGGCCUUGAAAUCGAAUUAUACCGAACUUGUGUAUUUGGUGUUGUUUUUUGACGCGAAAAGGACGUGGCAGUGGCUACCGGCCGAGAAAUUGGAGAUUCUGGGGAUUGAUAGGGAGAGGGACGAGGCGAAGACGAAUGAACCGAGGAAGCCUGCCGAUAGAAAGGCUGUGAAAAAAGCGUACGAAAAUGCACUACAGUAUGAGUCUCAAGUCAACGAGCCGGACGCGUCAGAGGCGGCGGCGUAAAUUUGACAUUUCAAAUGUUUUUAUUUUAUUCCAGAUCUCGUUCUUAAUUAAGAUUUUGAAUAAAAAAAUUAUGCAAAAUUAA